CCUGCCAUUCCUCCUUUCUCUCCCCCUGGGGAUCCCCACUUUUCCUUUCAUCUUUUCCCCCAGUUCACGUCGAACCCCAACUCCUCGUGCCCGGGCAGAAUCUCCCCGUGGACGAUCAGGGUUUCUCUAGCUCCAGCAGUGAUGGAGGUGAGGGGUUUCCCAGCAUCCUCUAUGCCUUGCUGCAUCUUCUCCCUCUUCCUUCUCCAGUUACCUUCACAGAACUCAGUUACAGCUCAAAUGAAAGUGAUUGGACCUGGUGAGCCCAUCAAGGUCCAAGUUGGAGGUGACGCUAAAUUAAACUGUUACCUGGAACCCAAGAUGGAUGCUCAGGGCAUGGAGGUGAGGUGGUUUCGAUCCCAGCUCUCCCCAGCCGUGCACGUGUAUGAGCAUGGGCAGGACCAGACUGGAGAUCAGAUGAAGGAGUAUCAAGGGAGAACGGAGCUGUUGAAGGACACCAUCACUGAUGGGAAUUUGACACUGAAAAUAAGCCCUGUCAGAGUUUCUGAUGAUGGAGAGUAUCGCUGCUUUUUCCAACAUGGUGGAAAUAGUGAGAACACAACCCUGCAGCUGCAGGUGACAGCUGUGGGCUCUGAACCCCAAAUCCGCCUGGAGGGGCACGAGAUGAAAGGGAUCUGGCUGGGGUGCAUGACAACUGGAUGGUACCCGGCGCCCCAGGUGCGGUGGAAAGAUGCCAGAGGAGAGAUGGUUCCAUCCUGGUCUGAGUCCCUAAGCCAAGACACAGAUGGCCUGUUUGCUGUGAAGUUGUCUGUAUUGGUCCAAGAAGGCUUCGAGGGGAAUGUGUCCUGCUCCUUAGAGAGCCCUCUCCUACCACAGGGGAAGGAGGCAGGGAUUUCCAUAGCAGUUCCUGUCCACCUACGAGUCUCUACCUGGCUGGUGGUGAUGCUGGGUGUGAUUGUGCUUUUUCUGCUACCAUUCCUCGCCUGUGCCGGUUAUUUUAUCUGGAAACUGCAUAAAGAGUAAGGGAGCCAAAUGCACGUUAAAAGAGUCAUCACUUGUUGAGCUCAUGGAUGUCAUUCUGGACUCAGACACAGCUCAUCCCCAACUCAUCCUGCCCGAGGAUCGGAAAAGCAUGACUCAGGGAUACACAAGUCAGGAUCUGCUCGACCAUCCUGAGAGAUUUGAUCGUAUUUUGGGAAUUUGUUUGGUUGUCGUUAUAUUCUACUCUCCCAAGAGCUUAGUACAGUGCUCUACACACAGGAAGUGCUCAAUAAAUAUGAUUGAAUGAA